GGAUAACCCUCUAAUACACGGUUUUGUAUCCUCGCCUUUUCACCCGUUCUGGAAACUAUUUUCCCUUCUGCUUUUUAUUCUUUCUUCGGAAAGUCAUGGUGACUUGAUCUUUAUUGCAUUUAUUUAAUCAUGGGGAAUGUUGAUCAUAUACCACAGCAACGCGUCUGGACGCGAAAUCUUUUUGUAAUUUUUGCUUCCUUAUUACUAUUCCUUAAUACUUUGUCUCUAUUACCAUGGGGAGUAUACCAUGUUAGGUCAUAUCUUCAUACCGAUAAUCACUCUGCUUCACAGUUUUCUUCCAGCAUUGCUUCUCUCGAAACUGCAGAUAUUGAACAGUUGCAAGGAGGAGAGGAUAUUGCAUCAGUACUCAAGGCUGCCGCAGAUAUUCUGGGUGCAGUAAGCGCACAGCAUCAUCUUACCUCUUUACAAGCUCUUAGCAAUGAUUUGCAUAAGUUAGCUCUGGAUACACAUCAAGCCCAGAGCGGGAACAGUUUGAAAUCUCGAGGGCUUUUUGAUGGGUUUGCUUCAAUAUUAACAGGCGGCGCGGCAGGAGGAGCUGGCGGGGCAGCGGGUGCUGGUGGAGCGAAAGCGGCUUCGGGAGGAGGUGGCCUCACGGGAAUUUUCGAGACGCUCGGUGGGAAACUUCUUGAUGUUACUGCUGAUUCUUUGGCCACGCCGGCAGGGUACCUCGGUGAUGGUGUUGGACGAGGUGCUACCACUGGUCUCAAGAUUAACAAUGGAGUUAAACAGACCACUGCUGAAAAGCCAUCAGGCGUCAAUGCUAUCGCGGCAAAUCUAGGAUUCGGAACAUCAAAUGCUCUCACGGGAUCUUUAGACACAUCCAGUUUCCUCACUGGUGCAGGAGCCGCUUCUGCAGCUCUCGGCACGGGUCUCGGAGGAGGAACUGCCAGUGGAUUGGGUCUCAACAAAUCAGCUGUCGUUGCGCCGAAUGGGACGGGCAUUCCUUUGAUUGCUGGUAAUCUUGGAAAUGGUCUUACUCAGUCCCUCUUCUCGAAUAUCGAUAUGUCGAAAUUGAUGACGGGUUUGCCAAGUGGAAUGCUGCAAUCUGCGGUUGUUAAUGCUGGAAAAGGGUUGGGAGAAGGUGCUGCAGAAGGUCUUGAUUUACCAAUGAAUUCGGCUACUACUAUGAGAAUGAAGCUCAAGAGAGCUGCCGCUGCAGCUGCAGGAACUAAUACCACAGGCUCGGGUCUUGACGUUAAUGCAAUCGCAUAUGGAUUCACCAAAUCACUUUCAAGUUCCUUUCUUGGCGCCGUAGAUGUCAAGAAAUUAACUUCACAAGCCAUGUCCGGAUCCAAUCUUACCAGUAUGGUUGGACCUACUCUCGUGGGAGCUGGAUCUGGAUUGGGUGCCGGUGCAGCGCAAGGUCUAGGGCUUUCGAAUGCGGCUGUUGCUCCUGGUACUGGAGCUGAUGCUGCCGCGCCAGAAGUCGCUCAUAAUUUUGCAUACCAACUCACGACUAGCUUCCUCGCGAAUGGAACGCUCUCGUCGUUGCAAUCGAAACUUAUGAGUGCCAUGUCUAUGACUAAUAUCUCUGCUAUGCUGGGCCCAGCAGCGCAAGGAGCUGGUAGUGGUAUUGGUCAGGGCGCUGCGGUGGGUCUGGGCUUGCAGGAUCCUUCCACGGCACAAAGUCCAAUGGGUGGGGAUGUAGCAAUGGUUGCGAGAGAUUUCUCAUAUGGUCUUACUAGUAAUUUCCUUGCCAAUGGUACCGUUUCGCGUCUUCAAGCGAAAGCAGCUGCACUUCUUGGUGGAGGGUCAAAUUCUUCUUCUGGAGGAAUGAUGUCGGCUCUAAAAGGUGUGUCUGUUUCGAAGGCAGCCGAGGGUCUCGCGAGAGGUCUAGUCGAUGGUGCUGGUCAAAGUGUAGCGAAUAUGGGAGGUUUCCAGGCGAUUCUUAAUGGAGCCAAUUCAUCUGAUGUGAUGAUGCAAGCCGCGGUACCGAUCUUCAAAUCGGAUAACUUCAAUGAUACGACGGGCGGAGUCGCAACAUCUUUUGGUCAGGGAUUGGGUGGUCAGGGUGUGACGUUAAUUGCGCAAAUGUUGGGAAUGAGCAUGUCUUUAUCUUCCAACGGCUCACUAACACCAAGCACUCUUGGAAACAACUCCACCACCCCCGCAUCUCUCUCCUCCACAGAAACACCUGCAAAUAAUCUCUCCACCCCAGCUAUCCGAGCCCGCUCCUACAGAUCUUCCUCUGUAAUCCGUAAAUCCGCACCCCCAACAUCUUCAUUCCCCAAACUCAACCUUCACAAGAGAGUCGACGAUACCACGCAACUCAACGUCUCCGAUAUCACCACCGGGCUUCUCAGCGGCGUCAACGUCACCUCUCUCGAUGUACUGUUGCAAAAGGGUGUCGAUACACUUACAUGUCAGGGCGUCGGCGGCUUUGUCCAGAUUUUCCAAGGCCUGAAAGCGAGCGGGAGUAUUCCCUCCACGGGGGGGAAUACAGUCAUGUUACCCAAUGCGACGUUUACGAUUGAGAGUCAGGGGAAUGAGUUUUUGGUCAAUCCGGCGACGCAGCUGAUUACGGUGAAUGGGAUUGGGAUUACUCGGUUGACGAUUUUGAUUGUGGCGCAUGCUUUCCUCGUCAUCCUCGCCUAUUUCCUCGCCAUCCCCCUCGCCCUCCUCCUCACCUCGGGCCACGAAAUCGCAACCAUGCUUUCGCUCCCCCACAUCUGGGCCUCAGCCCCCAAAACCCGUUUCCGCAUCUGGAUAUUCGCCGUUCUGCCCCUCUCCCUCGGCGGCAGCGUUCUCGGCAUCCUUGUGCUCGGCUCCGCAUCGCACGGUACUACGUUCCACGGGCUCCUCGGGUUCGGUGUCCUGGUUUUGACCAUGGUGGCUUUUGGGCUGGAGAUGAAAUUUCUGCCUGGAGUGGAGAAAUUGAAGCUUCUGAGGGGUGUGGUGUUGAGUCUCUUGUUCGCGGGCGCCAAUGCGGCGUUCGUGACGGGCUUUACGGAUAUUCAGAGGAUUAGUCUGUGCACGGUGCAGUUGCCGGAUUCGGUGCUGAUUGGGGCUGCGAUGAAUGUCGCGAGUUUGUUUACCACGGGCACGACGGUUGUUGCGGUCAAAAUGAGGUUGGAGAAGUGGGUGGGGGGGAAGGGGAGGAGUGGGGUGGAGAGCGGGAAUGGGAAUGGGAAUGGGAAUACGGGGUUUAAUGAUAUGGAGAAGAGUGGGUUUGAGGUGGAUGAGAAGGAGAAGGUUAGUUUGAAGGAUAGGAUUAAGGGGUUGAGGGGGUAGGAAGGAGAGGGGUGAGAUGUGAGAUGUGAGAUGGGUAAUGUAUAUAGAUUGGUGGGUUGGAUUGAAUGGUGAGUGGAUGGAUGAAGUGUACAAAAUGGUUUUAGAUACCCCCCUUGGAGUCGACUGGUCGGCUUCUUCACACUCUCUAAUAAAUAAGUAGUUAUAGCAUUGCAGAAAGUUCGCAGCAGGAAAUUAUAUAUAAUAGUUUAAAAAUUGCGCA